AUGCUUCUGCGUGUUCUUAUUCAGGCAACCACGCUUUGUUCCUUUGCCCUGGCUGUUCCAGCCUCGAGAGGCAUUCUUGGCCCCUAUGGCUACGGGUUUGACGUAGGUCCUUUGGUAAAACGGCAAAAUGAACAGCCAAUCGUGGUCUCCGGCCUCCCAGCGGUGAACAGCAGCAUACCUGUUCGUCCAGAGAUUCGGGAAUUGAAACAGAAUUCCCGCAAAUGGAAUCUCUACAUUCUCGCUCUGAGUAUGAUGCAGCACACCGACCAGGAUGAGGAGCUCUCAUGGUACCAAAUUACAGGUGAAUCUUCCACGCUCCCUCAUAGAUUACCAUCAACUCACCCCGGCGUUGGUUCAGGCAUUCAUGGAGUCCCGUUUGUCCCGUGGAAUGGCGUCGAGGGCGUGACUGACGGUGCCAGUCACGGCUACUGUGCCCAUAUGUCUAUUCUUUUCCCCACCUGGCAUCGCCCUUAUCUAGCCCUGUACGAACAAGUUCUCUUCCAUCUCGUUCAACUGAUUGCAUCAUGGUUCAAGGACCCCAUCGAGAGAGCAGCAUACGAAGCGGCAGCCUCAGACUUUCGCAUUCCGUACUGGGACUGGGCUGUGACCCCAGAUCCUGGUGAAAGUGCUUAUAUACCCGAGUUCCGACGAGAAGCUCUAUCUGUAUACGGUCCCAAUGGCGAACAACUAAUUGCCAAUCCCCUCUUCAGCUACCAAUUUCGACCCCUGGACCCUGAAGUCUUCGGCUGGGGGGAUUUUCCCCAAUGGACUGAGACGAAAAGAUCCCCCGUAGGAAACACGUCGAAUAACACUCAGUCCGCGCAAGCCGUUGAUCGCGCGCUCCCAAACUUGCAAGAACGGCUCUUCAACCUCUUCUCCAACUAUCGCGACUACGGUCCAUUCAGCAAUAAACGCUGGGGUGAAUGGACUGACUCGUCGCAAUUUGACUCGCUCGAGUCCUUACAUGACGAGAUACACAUCGAGGUUGGGCAUGGGGGUCACUUGUUCUACCUUCAAUACUCGGCCUUUGAUCCCGUUUUCUUCCUCCAUCACACCAUGGUGGAUCGGAUUUUUGCCAUGUGGCAAGUAUUGAAUCCACGAUCAUGGGUGACGGAGCAGAACACUACAGUCCCAACUUACACCAUGGCGCGAGGCUUGAUGCAGAACAGCUCGUCCAGCCUCACGCCAUUUCUGGCCAACGUCGAUGGUCAAUUCUGGAACUCAGACAUGGCACGAUACACACAAGAUUUUGGGUACACCUACGCCGAAACAUCAAGUCUCAGCACGGCAGGGAUCUCAGGGGUGGAUAUGGACGACCGCGCCCGUGUGAGCUUGGCCAUAAACCGCCUAUACGGCUCGUCCAGUCCCUCCAUGUUGGCCCGAAAACAGAAGCGCAUGGAUCGGCACGUUUCUCCGAACAGAGGUACAAACUGGCUCCAAUGGCAUGCGAAAGUCACCAACGCUAUCACGAAUCGUAUCCCGGAUCUGUCUCCCAAAGCAGAGCCACGCGUGCCCCCGCUCGAGCUGGAACGGGGAGCGUACACCGAAUGGCUUGCCAACGUUCGCGUCAUCAACGGGGCAUUAAACGGAUCUUUCUCCGUCCUCUUCUUCUUGGGUUCAGUCCCUCAGGACGUGGUCUCCUGGAAAGCGUCGUCGAAUCUUGUUGGAACAAUGGGUGUCUUCGCUAUGCCACGUAUGGGAGCCGAGAAUCACAUUUCAGGCACGGUGCCAUUGACCAAAGCUUUGCUCAAGGCGGUCGAUCAGAGGUUCCUGGGACGGCUUGAUCAAACUGAGGUGACAAAGUUCCUCCAGGACAAUCUCCAGUUCCGGAUCGUCGGGCACAAUAGCACUGUGGUUGAUGCGCGGCAAGGUAACACCGAGAGGAUUAUCAACUCAAUCCGUCAAGCGAAAGCUUCCGGAGCAAGACUCCGCGUCGGACCGAUCCUCUUCAUCCGCCCUAAGAUGCAUUUGGCAAAUGACGGCAAUUACCGCGAGAUGCGCUACUUCACCCCGUGGCUUCGACAGACAGAGUGGGAAGAGUUUCACCUGCCGAAGAGCUUGCAGAAGCUCCAGGGGGCCACGCAUGUGCCCUUUGGCGAUUGCGUCGUCAGCACACCCGACAGCUGCUUUGGCGCGGAGACCUGCGAGGAGAUGUGGUCCCCUCAGGCACCACAUAUCCCGAUGACCCUGGAUGGCGUGGAGAUUAUCACCAACAGCUCGGCCAGCCAUUUCAGCCUCCAGAAGCUCGAUGUGCGACUUAAGCUCAUUGGAGAAGCCACUCGCAAGUGCGGAGGUGUAUAUGUGUACUCAAACGUCCAAGGUGGCGACGGCGAGAGAUUGUAUUUUGACGGCUGCGCCAUGAUCUUCUGUAACGGAGAGGUGCUCGCGCAAAGCCCUCAGUUUUCACUCAAUGAUGUGGACGUCGUUACUGCAACCGUUGAUCUUGAGGAAGUCCGAGCCUAUCGUUCGAGCAUGUCUCGAGCGCUACAGGCAGCGCGAAGCACCCAGAAGUAUCAUAGGAUUCAGACCUCUUUCGAGAUGAGCCCAGACGAGGAUGAUAUGGACCUCUACCGCCGGCCGACCCUGACUCGGGAAGCGAGGUUCCAUUCGGUUGAGGAAGAAGUUGCUCUCUGCGCCGGUUGUUACCUUUGGGAUUACCUGGCCCGGAGCAAGUCCGCGGGAUAUCUUGCUCCUCUUUCAGGCGGCCUGGACUCAUGUGCCACAACUGUGUCUGUCUUCUCGAUGUGUCGGCUCGUCAUCUCUGCAAUCACGGAUGACAACCAGACGGUCAUCGCUACAGUCAAGCGCAUGUUUGGCGACGCUCCCCUACCGAAGACGCCCCAGGAACUGUGCAACCGUGUUCUCCACACGAUCUACAUGGGAAUGUCGAAGCAAAGCUCUCAUGAGACGCGCCAGCGAGCGAAGGAUCUCUCCCAGGCCAUGGGCAGUUAUCACAUCAACCUGGACAUUGACUCCGUCUACCAAGCGCAGAAGGAUCUUGUCAAGUCUUCGCUCGGCUUUGACGCGAAAUUUAAGGUGGAGGGUGGAACUGAAUCAGAAAAUUUGAUGCUGCAGAACAUUCAAGCACGCACGCGGAUGGUGACUGCCUACGAGUUCGCCCAGAUCCUUCCGACAACACGCAAGCUGGCGGGUGGAGGCGGCCUGCUUGUCCUUGGAAGUGCCAAUGUUGGCGAGGCACUGAGAGGUUACCUCACCAAGUACGAUUGCUCGUCCGCGGACAUCAACCCUAUCGGAUCCAUCGACAAGGCGGACCUAAAACGCUUCAUUGCGUGGGCCCAGGUUCAAUUUGAAAUGCCGUGCCUCGAAGAGUUCCUGACUGCGACGCCUACUGCUGAACUAGAGCCCGUGACCGAGGACUACGUCCAGUCAGACGAAGCGGACAUGGGAAUGUCAUACGCUGAAUUGACCGUUUUUGGCCGCCUCCGCAAAGAGAGGAAGAUGGGACCGCUUUCCAUGUGGCAGCACCUCGUCCAUGUUUGGGGCAAGGACCGAGAAAAGGGUCCCGAGGAUGAAAAUCCCAUGCUUGAGCCCGCAGAAAUUGCGCAGAAGGUCAAAUUCUUCUUCGUGCACUAUGCGAUCACGCGUCACAAGGCUACCACCCUCACACCAGCCUUGCACUGUAAUGACUACUCGCCCGAUGAUAACCGAUUCGACCUGAGGCCCUUCCUCUAUCCCUCGUUCUGGCAGAGCUGGAGCUUCAAGAGGAUUGAUAAGGAGCUCGCGCGUGUAGAAAAGGCCCGGAAGAAGGUUUGA